CGCCAAAGCCUUGAUGGUGGCUUUUAGGCCAAAAUGGGCACCGGAACCUCCAUGGUAAGGCGAGUCCUCGCAGUGCCAGAAAUUACCAUAUAUGCUUACUGCGAAGCCAAAGUGUGGGACCACAUUCGUGUAGCGCGCGGGAAAGAUCCCCUUGUGCCAAGUGUAGUUGACUUCCCGAAUGUUGGAGAAUUCUUGCAAGCAGCAGACGAGAUCAUCAAUGAAUAGAGUAGCGUCCGGCUUAUUAUAGGACCAAUGUCGUUCCAGAAACUCACCGUUGCGAAGCUCAUCAACUACACAGUCGGGUUUUCAAGUGAAGAUGCUAGGAAACCAAGAUUGAUCCUCUCGUUGGAUCCGACCCAGCUCUUCACGAUGAUCUUUCUCCAACUCUUCCUCCUCUGGUUCCUCGUCGGGUCUAUAGAUGAAGGAAUACCACUUCGACGUGACGAAGUAGCCAACCGUAAGCCUUGCUACUCACGGCAACAAUCUUGCACAACUGGACACUUCUCUCAAGUUCUCGUAGCUUUCGCGAGAUCGAAUGUUCAAAAAGGGUGUGACCACAACGUGUCCGAACGCUCUCCAGGACAAGUCACAAAAGUGGCGGCACACCAGCCUUAGCUGUCGAACCCGAGCCGCUAGGCUCACACCAUCUCUUAGCUUUUGGUGACAGCGAAAACGCGGUUCGCAAUCGAUAAAUUCUCAGAACCAUG